AUGGCAGAAUAUGGCAAAGCUGAAAGAGGAACACCAACAGUUGUUUCUCAUAUCUUGUCCUUUCUUCCAAAAACAAAGGAAGCUGCUUCCACAUCGGUUCUCGCAAAGAGAUGGCGUAAUCUGUUUGCGUUUGUUCCUAGUCUUGAUCUCGACGACUCUGACUUCCUCAGUCCCAAAAGAAGUAAACGGGAAAAGGAUGGUGCUGUUCAGUGUUUCAUGGAUUUUGUGGAUAGGGUUUUGGCGUUGCAGGAUGUUUCUCCCAUUAAGGCAUUCUCUCUGAAGGUUAAAACUGGUGUUGAUCCUUAUCGUGUUGAUCGUUGGAUACUUAAUGUGCUGCGACGCGGUGUUUCUCACCUUGGUUUAUUCUUGGAAUUUAAAGAAGAUUAUUCUCUGCCUUACGAGAUAUCUGUCAGUAAGACAUUAGUCGAGCUGAAAACAGGAUAUGGAGUUGAUCUUGAUGCGUGGGACGAUGACAUGUUCUUACCGAUGCUCAAGACUCUUGUUCUUGACACGGUUAAGUUUGGUAGGGGUCAGUUCCAGACUCUUCUUCCUGCUUGUCCUGCUCUUGAGGAAUUAGAGUUGCUUGAUAUGGUGUGGAGAGAUAGGAAUGUGAUCAUAUCAAGCUCACGCCUCAAAUAUCUAAAGAUUACUUCAGAAGACGGCUCUUUAGGGACUUUUUCACUCGAUGCACCAAAUCUUGUCGUCUUAGACUACGGUGAUUUUGCUGAGGAGGAUUAUCCAUUACUCAACUUGCAAAACGUAGUUCAGGUUGAGCUUAACUUUCCACAUGCUGAUUAUCGAGGUGAUCGUGCAAGAGAGAAUGUGCGGAAGCUUAUUCAUAGCAUAAGAAAGGCUAAGAUGUUUCACAUAUCCCCUCGUUAUUUCGAGCUGCUUUCUUUUUGCCUUUCAAAUACGAUGCCGGUUCGGGAAAAGCUCACAGUUUUACAUCCUAGGACUCUCAUAAAACCACUUCAAGGAUGGCAAGCAAUGCCACUUCUUCUAAGGAACUCUCCACACUUGGAAAUUCUAUUCUUUGAGGAUCUCUUACACUUGGUGACACAGACGUGUGGGGAUGUUUGUGACUGCCUUUCUACGAGGGACAAAGGUCGUUCGCUCAUGUCUUCUCCUGUGAAGAAGAUAUUUGUUUCACGAUUUAGAGGAACAAUCAGAGAGGUACACAUGAUAAAGCAUUUCUUAAACUAUUGUCCGAGUUUGGAGGAGAUGGAGAUUACUCCCGAAAGGGACGAGCCUACAAUGUUGGAAAUCCCUAGAUGGUUAGGAGUUGUUGAGGACACACUGAUGCAUUACAACGAGACGUCGAGUUGCAAUGUGAUUUUCUGGGUACCUGAUGUCUUGUACCGGAAAUGGAUUCGUCAGUGGAGUCUUCGAGGAUGA